UAGCUGUGAUAGUGUCGGUGCUGGAUGGAGUUGAAUGACUGAGUGACUGCUGCCGCCACCGCCGUUUUUCAGCACCUGAACACUGCAAUCCAUAGCCUUCAUUUCACUCCAUCUGCCUCUGCACAAUACAUGUCGUGAAGCUCUACAUGACUACCUGCUGUCCUCAGGUGUACCACAGCUCUGUGUUCGUGCCGUGCCGUGAGAUGACCGAAGUGAUGAUCAGCAGCACUCCGAUGGAGGACAUACGGCUCAGCCCAAGCAAAGAUCGCCUCACUUUUCAGAUCUUUCCAGACCCGUCGGACUUCGAACGCUGCUGCAAGCUGAAGGACCGCCUUCCAUCCAUCGUGGUGGAGGCGACCGAGGGCGAGGUGGAGAGCGGAGAGCUGCGCUGGCCUCCCGAGGAGAUCCUAAACAACCAAGACGAAGAGGAAGACGAAGAUGAUGAUGAGGAAGAAGAGAUCGUCGGGAACGUACAACAGGGACAACAAAUGCAGACAAAGGAAUGAUCCAUGCGCGUACACCCAUAUACACGGGAGUCCUUCAGGGGCGAGGGGAUGAGGAGAAAGUGACGAGAUGCUGCAACUGAGCUCACACCUGGUGCUAAAUUAAAGCUUUACGAAUACGCUGAUUUUCGAUGCCCUCGCGUCUUACACUCGCCCAGUUAAAUAAUCCCUCGUCGAGUUCCUAUGAAGCCAGCGUCGUCACCCAGCAUAGCGCAUUCUCGUCUCUCACUCGAUCUCUCGCACUCCUCGUUCUCGCACGCGCACACACUUUUCCCUCACACAUAACUAUCCAUAUAUAAUUAUGCAUAUGUUCAUCAGUUGCUGAGGAGGACUUUGGUUCCUGGACUUUUUUUUUUUUUUUCUUCUUCGACAAGAACGAGAUCCCUCAAGAUGAUCACACAGUGUUUGCUUUUUUUUUUGGUCUUUAAAUAAUAGUCGUUUUGUUUUUGGAGGUUAAUAAUGUUAGGUGACUGUACAGGGUCAAAACAGCACUGGCGUUUCAGACUGUUUCACUGCUUGAAAAGUUAUUUUCCAAAUGCAGCGGAUAUUCUGGCGUUCGAGAUGCGUGUUCCAUCACAGGCUUGAGGCUUAUUAAGCACUGAAGCUUUAAACUAUAUAGGAUGUUAUUGCUGAUUCUGUUAGCCUACUCACUUUUGUUUUGUCUGUUUGUUUUUCCCUAGGAACAAUUUUCCAUUUAAUUACUGUAUGUAAAUAUUUUUUUUUUUUGUACGCCGAAGUAGUCAUUUUCACUGUGAAUAUUUGCAUGUUGUUGUCCGUCAUUUGUACAUAGAUCGCUUUCUUUUCGGCUAGCUAACGAUUGACGAUCAGUGGGAGUAAAAAAUAAUAAUAAAUCAAAUACAACUAUUUCAUUCUAACCACAUUAUUUUCUAUUCCUUCUGUUUAGACUUCAUUCAUUACUAUCAAAGUUCUAAUUUGAAUCCAGAAUGCGAUUUAAAAUCAUUCUCUUCCCUCAGUGGAAAAGGUUACAAAAGGUCACCUUGGCACUGAGCACCUUUUGUGUAUUGAAACAAUGUCUAGCCUUUAUUUUCAUUCAAAUUUUUUUUUUUGGUCUGUUUCUCGUCUACUUCAUGGCUAUGUAUAAAUGCUCUAGAUGUGUGUAUGCGGGUGUUAGGACGGUCAUCUGUGUUAAGUAAGCGUAAGGGUCCUCUCUUUGUGAACUGCUUGUAGAUUUGCCUCUGUAUUUUUGUGUACAGCUCAGGGAGAAUAGCUGCCAUUUUGUCUUUGUUUAGAUACCCCCCUUUCCUCCUUUACCACUUUUGUUGUAAAUAAACAUUUGGAACAUA